UGGGACUUGUCCUCAGGAGGGACUGAUUGACAGUGCCUCUUAAAAGGCGCCACUUAUUCGGAAGUUAGUGUGAGCGUUUCCGGGUCACGCGACGCUGAUGCUUGGGAGUCAUGUGAUACCAAGAUGGUGGUGCCGCGGCAGCUUCCCUGGGACAGUGCAGUCCUAGGAGCCUCCAACAGUUUCUGCUCUUAGGUUUUGGGGAGGCCCAUUUAGCUGACUCUGCGGCCGUCCGUGACUAGUAUUAAGGACCUGAUCAGAGCUGGGACUGUUGAUGUCACUGGAAAUAUGAUCAGCGCCCCUGAUGUGGUGGCCUUCACCAAGGAAGACGAGUACGAGGAAGACCCUUACAAUGAGCCCGCCUUGCCGGAGGAGUACUCAGUACCUCUCUUCCCCUAUGCCAGCCAGGGGGCUAACCCCUGGUCUAAACUGUCCGGGGCCAAGUUCUCCAGGGACUUCAUCCUUAUUUCUGAGUUCUCUGAACAGGUGGGACCUCAGCCCUUGCUGACCAUCCCCAAUGACGCCAAAGUUUUUGGCACUUUUGAUCUCAAUUACUUCUCCUUGCGGAUCAUGUCAGUGGAUUACCAGGCUUCAUUCGUUGGUCAUCCUCCUGGUUCUGCCUACCCCAAGUUGAACUUUGUGGAGGACUCCAAAGUGGUGCUGGGAGACUCUAAGGAAGGGGCCUUUGCAUAUGUGCACCACCUCACCUUGUAUGACCUGGAGGCCCGUGGCUUUGUGAGGCCCUUUUGUAUGGCUUAUAUCUCUGCGGACCAGCAUAAAAUCAUGCAGCAAUUCCAGGAGCUUUCGGCUGAAUUUUCCAAAGCAUCCGAGUGCUUGAAGAUGGGUAACAGGAAGGCAUUUGCCGGGGAACUUGAAAAAAAGCUGAAAGACUUGGAUUAUACGAGGACUGUGCUGCACACAGAAACCGAGAUCCAAAAGAAAGCCAAUGACAAAGGUUUUUAUACAUCUCAGGCAAUUGAGAAAGCCAAUGAACUGGCCAAUGUGGAGAAGUCCAUCAUUGAGCAUCAAGAUUUGCUGAGGCAGAUCCGCUCGUACCCUCGCCAGAAGAUGAAGAUACCUGCUUUGCAUCCUGGCGAUACGGAGCACACCCAAGACCAGGCUGCCCAGGUCUCCACUACCUCCAACCCCGAGGAGUCAGCUAAUGCAGACCUUUAUACGUGCAGACCGGCUUACACCCCGAAACUCAUCAAAGCAAAGUCCACCAAGUGUUUUGACAAGAAGUUGAAGACCUUGGAGGAACUCUGUGACACUGAAUAUUUCACUCAGACCUUGGCCCAGCUUAGCCACAUUGAACACAUGUUCCGGGGAGACCUAUGCUACCUCCUGACCAGUCAGAUUGACAGAGCACUUCGAAAACAACAGCACAUAACAAAUUUCCUCUUUGAAGACUUUAUGGAGGUUGAUGACAGAAUGGAGAAACAAGAGAAUGUGCCCUCUCGGCCCAGUCAGGACAGGCUGCCAUCCAGGCCUAUGGAAGAAUGUCCCAUUCCUAAAGUGUUAAUUAGUGUUGGUUCGUACAAGUCCAGUGUGGAGUCUGUUUUGAUCAAGAUGGAGCAGGAACUUGGAGAUGAAGAAUACAAGGAAGUGGCAGCAGCAGAGUCAAGCAAUUUUGACCCCCAAGAAAACCUGGACUACCUGGAUAUGGAUAUGAAAGGGAGCAUCAGCAGUGGGGAAAGCAUCGAGGUUCUGGGCACCGAGAAGUCAUCCUCUGUGCUGUCUAAAUCUGACAGCCAGGCCAGCCUCACGGUGCCAUUGAGCCCCCAUGUAGUCCGUAGCAAGGCAGUCAGCCACAGGACGAUCAGUGAGGACAGUAUUGAAGUCUUAAGCACCUGCCCAUCUGAGGCCCUCAUUCCUGAUGACUUUAAGGCCAGCUACCCAAGUGCCAUUAAUGAGGAAGAAACCUAUGCAGAUAGUGAGGGGGCCAUCCAUUUCGAGGCAAAUGUCUGCCCACCAGAACUGGGUGAGACUCAGGAGGGCAGCUUGGAAAAUACCCCAUCCCAAAUAGACUCCAGCUGCUCUAUUGGAAAGGCGAGUGAAGGUCAGCUGGUUCCUCUUCCCACCCCGGCUGACACUCUUUCUGAUGAGGAUGGUGUGGUGAGCAUCCCCCCACAGAGCUCCAGGCAGAAGGACCAGGGGUUCCAUGUGGACGUCGAGAUGGAAAACACUGACCCUUCUCCCCGAGACAACAGCUGUGAAAUGUUCCCAGCUUAUGAGCUGGAUCCAAGCUGCCUCCUGGCUAGCCGAGAUGUUAGUAAGACAAGCCUGGAUAACUACUCGGACACCGCAAGCUACAUGAGCAGUGUGGCCUCUACCAGCUCAGACAGAACCCUCUCUGCUCACUCUGCUGGCCUAUCCUCUGAGAGACACAAAAAGAGAGCUGGCCAGAAUGCCUUAAAAUUCAUCCGCCAGUACCCCUUCGCCCACCCAGCCAUCUACUCCCUGCUUAGUGGGAGGACGCUUGUGGUCCUGGGCGAAGACGAAACCAUAGUCAGGAAGCUUGUCACCGCACUGUCUAUCUUUGUUCCCAGCUAUGGCUACUAUGCCAAGCCAGUCAAGCACUGGAUUUCUUCCCCUUUGCAUAUUAUGGAUUUUCAGAAGUGGAAGCUUAUUGGCCUACAGAGAGUGGCCUCCCCUGCCAGUAUGGGUACCCUCCAUACCCUGAGCCGUUACAGCCGCUAUACGAGCAUCCUGGACCUGGACAGCAAGACCCUACGCUGCCCCCUGUACAGGGGAACACUGGUGCCCCGCCUGGCCGACCAUCGCACCCAGAUCAAGCGAGGCAGCACAUACUACCUGCACGUCCAGAGCAUGCUCACCCAGCUCUGCUCCAAGGCAUUUCUCUACACCUUCUGCCACCACCUGCAUCUGCCUGCCCACAGUGAGGAGACACAAGAAGCCGUGGCCAGCAGACAAGCCAGCUUCCUAAAGCUCAACCUGGGACUCGUGAAUGAGGACAUCAGAGUGGUGCAGUACCUGGCUGAGCUGUUGAAACUGCACUACAUGCAGGAGUCACCUGAGACCACCCAACCCCUGCUCAGGUUUGACUAUGUCCCCAGCUUUUUGUACAAAAUCUAAGAGUUCCAGCCACCGUGACCAAGACCUGUGACUUGGUAUGGGAAGGGAAAAGGUCGGUGUGACUAAAUGGUUGCCUGAGCUGGAGUGUUGAGCUUUCUGGUGUCAGCAGGAAGGAAACAGGUGGCAGUCGUGGUUCCCAUCUAGCCCUGGGCAGUGUGUUAAGUGGGCCAAGCAGAGGUAGAGCCUGACUCUCCAGAGGUGGCUGCUCUGGGGAAGUAGCUGUCAAAUAGGGGUUGUCCUUAAUUUUCCAAGGAUCAACAGUCUGGGCAGGAAGAAGAAAACUCCAGACCCUUGGGGCUGGAAAAGAUGAGGCUAAGUAGCCAAAGCCCAAAUGACACCCGGGUAUCAGCCUGGGAACUGGUGUGUGUAGGAACAAGACAGCCAUCACCUCCGUCUACCUCUACCAAGGCCCUUUACUUGGCUUCCUGGAGCCCAAUAACUGAGGGGAGGCUCCUGAACAAGGACCAGGAGGAAAAGUGCUCUGGUCAGUUGGAGAAAGACACAUCUGGGCUCUGGGGGAUGCAGAAGUGGCCCCCUGUCCUAUCUUCCCCUCUGUCAAGGAAGUGCUUAUUGAGUCCCUGGGGGUCCUUCCUUACAGUGGUCCUGGACGUGAAGCAGGUAUGAAAUGGCUAUAGCCCAUAUGAGAACCUUGGGAGCAGUAGAAGCAGGCCCUAGCCCAUUCCCCACUUGUAUGGCAGGAGCUGCCCACUGGCUCUUCUCGGCCACACCAUUAACUCGAACGCCCCUGGAAAGGGAUGCAGCACUCUGCUACCUCUCCUGGGGCCUAGGGGCUUGGUGACCACUGAGUUCUGACUAGAACUUAGGAGCAAGGCUAUCCCAUUCCAGCUCCUGGGUGGCUGUCAUAGACCCAUACCCAAGAGGCAGUGUACACUUCUAUCCUUACAAUCAUCCCCAUGUGCGUCCCUUCCAGUCCCACUGGUGGCCAUCGUCAUGACCUCCCGGGGACUCCUUUUGCAGCUGCUUCUGCUGGGCCUCAUGUGCUACAUGGAGCACUCUUCAGUCUGGAAAAUGUGAGACCUGUUUAAAAAUGUUUUCUCCCUAAACAGGGGAAGCUCUGGUUAUUAGUGCUCCUUUUUAAUUUGCAACAAAACUGCAGUAAACUGGACCUGGAUCAGCCCUGAGCAUGCAUCGAUUAGAUGCUGUGUCCCCUGCACUCAGGUCUCUCAGCUGGCCACACCACUGAGGUCUCUCACAAGAAGGAACCCUGUAGAAGCCAAGUAACCAAAGAUGGCUUGGCAGCAUGUCACUCCUGCCUUUGACACGAGGUUGGUUUUGGUCCACAGCUUCAGGUCGUGGUCCCCAUUUCACUUUAGACAGUAUGUGGCUUUCUAAGGCUUUGACAGAGAUCCAGGAUUUUGUCACUGUAUUUACAGACACCUUAGCAACUGUGGUUUCUCCUCAUGGGCUCCCUCAUUUGCUACUGCUUCUCAGUGUUCUAAAGAUGCGACUUUGGCUGGUUGGCAAGGUGGUGUUUCCUCAGGCCUCCAAGGAUGAAUGUGUUCUGGAGAUCAAGAGCCAGGCUGGGAGGUGGUCAGUUUCUGGUACUGCCUCAGCACGGGGACUCGGAGGUGAACACUGUUCCCUACGCUGAGAAAGGUGGAUGAGCUGCAGCCACACUUGGCCUUCUGGAUACUGAAAACACAAACUCCAGUGGUCUGAAGUGGAGCUCCACGUGCAGGUAUCUCCUUGGCAUUCAGCCACAUAGUGACUCAGAAGACAAAGCCAUGACUGAUGUGAAGUGGGCACAACUGUCUUGUGUAGCAGCUGUGGAAAUGGCCUCUCUUGAACGGCUCCUCACCAACUACAGACUCACAAGGGGUCAAACUCUAGGAUUUACUUUUUUUGUUUUGUUUUUGAGAUAGGAUCUCAUGUUAGCCCAGGCUGGGUCAAAUUCAGUAUGUACCAAGGAUAACCCUGAAUUCUUGAUCCUUCUGCCUCCCCAUCCCAAUUGCCGAGAUGAUAGGUGUGUGCCACCAGACCCAGUGACUGGAUUUAUUUAGGCUUGGUGAAGGAAGCCUAAUAAGGAUUACUUAUUGCUGGAAGGAUUACUUAAUGCUGAAAGCAUGCUUCCUCUCAGGAUCUUAGUCACAAGGACUGAGUUUGGACCGAGGCAGUUAACACAUUUUUCCUCUGCUGUAGAGGACUGGAAUCCUCUAGAAGUAUUUCUACACACCUUGAUGCUGUGGAGACCUAUGCAGCAGGACUCAACUCCUUGAAUUUUCAUUUGUCAUUGGGCGUGGUGGCACACAUCUUUAAUUCCAGCAUUCAAGAGGUGGAUCUCUGUGAGCUAGAGGUUACCCUGACCUACAUGAUGAGUUCCAGACCAGCCACAGUCACAUGACACCCUGUUCUCAAAGAACAAAAGAUUUCCAUCUGAAGCAUUUCUCAGUUACUAGGCUAGUAAGGCUUUUGUUUGUUUUGCUCUUUUGAGACAGCCUCAUAUGGCCAACGAUAACUCUGAACUUCUGAUCCUCCUGCCUCCACAUGCUUUGCAGGUCUGUCGUGCCUAGAUUAUACAGUUUUGGGGAAUGCCCCCAGAGCUUCAUACAUACUAGGCAAGCACCCUACCAACUGAGCUGCAUCCCUAGGCUGGCUAAUUUCAACUAUCCUAUUAAAAACACCUCACAGCAGGAUAACAGAGCCCCUUCUUUAUUCCUAUCACUUUGAAUUCUGGCAGUAAAACUGACAAGUCAGGUUUAUUUCAAUUUGGCUGCCAAGCAAUUAUUUGCCUUCCUGUUUUUAGAGCUGUCUAGUUUAAGAACCAUCCAGUUGAGCUGGCACAUUACUUUUACCAUUGUACAAGUAAUGCUUGUAUGUUACUGGACAUGCACAUGCUCCAUUGCUGAGGUCAGUCCACGGUCUUCCAUACAGUGUUGGGGGACGUGGGAACAUACUGGCUUGAGUUGCCUCACCAUUUCUCUUCAGUAGAACCUUGAAUUAAAAAUGUUUUAAUUCAGCCAGUUGGUAAUGGCACACGCCUUUAAUCCCAGCACAAAGGACGCAGAGGCAGGUGAAUCUCCGGGUUCGAGACCAGCCUAGUCUACACAGACCCUGUCUCAAAAACAAAUGUUUUAACCCCUCCAUGAUUUGCUACUGAAGUGGCUGAAGUUACUCUUAAACUUGGAACUGGACUUCAGUCAUGACCUGUCAUUCCUGAUCUGAUCUUUAACUCCUUUAUUUUAGAUCAGUUGCCAUAUUUAAAGUACAGAGGAUUUCAACAUAAUCCUAGGAAGGUCAGGAGAUUUCCUUUCUCCCUUGCCAAGUAUCAAAGCCAGCAGUGCUGUGUGGUACUGGAUGGAGGCAGAGCUUCUAGGUUAUCUUGUAUGCAUCUUGGCUACCUGCCUACUUUGCUCAGUCUAUGCCACUCCCCAGCCUGAGUGCUACAUAUUGGACCAAUGUCCUGUGCCACCAUGGUUCAGCUCUCAAAUGGUUGGGUAGCAGUAGCUCACCCAGUCAGGGAUGAUGCAUCAUCAGGUGUGAGGCCUCUGGAGGUACCAAAUCCUCAUGGCAGUAGGCCAUCCAGGCUACCUUCUACUUCCCUAGAAAGCUCCUAAGAAAGUGCCUUGGCUUGUACUCUGAAACAAAUAGCCAGCUUUCUGGCUUUACCCUAAAACUGUGAUCAAACUGGACACACUCACACUUAGGCUGCAGAAAGGAGCAAGGUUUAGAUUCCUUUUGCUCUGAAAGCAAAGCCUUGCUUGAACUUAAACACAGUUUCCCCGAGUCCUUGGCCCAGUAAGGUUUGAUAACGUUAAAGCUUAGGGAAGGAACAGCUGGAACAGAUAAGGUGUAGCAGUGGGAAAAAAAAGCAUCCUACGGUGUUGGUGUGUUGGUGGUUUACAGCAUAGGUCCCCAGGAGGCACAGCUUGGAGCUGUGUAGUUUUCUUCAGCUAGGCAGGAAUUAAGUUCCUGGAUUUAAGGUUGCUAAAGUAGUACAGUGGCCCCACAAUCAGAGGUGAGGGGACCAGUAUGCCACCACACUCCCCGGAAACCAACACAACUGCCUUCACAUGGUGGAGACAGCACCAACCACGGACCAGCUUCCAGGGAGCCUUGGCCAAACUCUUAUACUGGCCAGCUAGAGCUGCAGGCUGGACUGAGGCAUACAGCAGUUAGCGAGCAGCACGGUCUGCAAUGAACUCUUGCUAUUUUCUAAGAAGCUAUUUUAUUACUGCAUGUCCCACCAUGUCUGUGAAUAUGUGUCCCAACCUGCAAGUUGCAGUCACAGUACUGGAACCAGGGCACUGCUGAUGUGACCGUGUACCACAGGCAUUAUGCACAAAGUUUAACCAGAGUAAAUGCCAAACAAAUAGUAUGAGGAGUGUACUUUUAAAAAUAUUAAUUUAUUUGAGUUCAGAUAUUUUUAAAAUAUAAAAAUUGGUUGUAUUUUUUAAAGCUAUAAUUCUUGUAGACAUUCUGUGGAUAAAAAUUUGUGUGUAUUAAAUUGGUUUGCAAUUUAGCCAUGUGAAAAAUAAAGACUCUUUGGGAAGGUGG